AUGUUGUCUAGUGGUAAUGAAAUGUAUAGCCUAAGUGAUGAGCUUUGUGUGGAUGAAUUAUCAUUCACUCCGAUUCUGGAACUUGCCAAGUUAAGUGAGCCAAAGCAUUGGUCUACGGAAAUAGUAUCACACAUGGAGCUACUGUCAUCUGAGGAUCCACUUGGAGGAAUUAAAUCACCGAGAAACAGUUCUGUAAUCAACUCUGCAUAUCACGAUGUAACAGGAAAUCCUGAAAACUCCGUCAAGAAGGAAGGACACCACACACCCUCUGUUACUGACACUCCAAAGUCAUAUGUGGCAACAAAACGUUCACGAACUGCCUUCACCAGCCAGCAGCUUGUAGAGCUGGAAAAGGAAUUUCGCCAAAAUCGGUACCUUUGUCGCCCCAGGAGAAUUGAAAUAGCCACAAAACUUUCAUUAACCGAAAGACAAAUUAAAAUUUGGUUUCAAAAUCGGCGAAUGAAGCACAAAAAAGAAACCAUUGGUGUGGGAGAGCUAACCAAAGAGUCAAGUAUAGAUAAAAAUAACCGAAAAGAUCCAGCAAGAAACAACUCCUCAAUUACAGUUCAAAACAAAAAUAUUGUAAACAGACUCAUGGCUCAUUCCACCUAUGCUCCUAGUACAAUAACAAUGAGGCAAUUUGAAAAUAAAAAAGAACAAAACGGAUCAUUUGAAAACGAUGUCAGUUUAAAAGGUAAACUAAUAACAACAACACCAAGUUGUGAUGAUACGCUAUACGAAAAUAGUUGUAGUUAUUUCAAUAAACCAGACUUUAGAAUGCAAAAUAUUUCUCCAGACCUAGAAGAUACAUAUCUUUCGGCGAUGAUUAAUAUUGGGUCCACCAUAGAUAGAACUACAUCAAUGGGAGAGUUAUACAACAAAAACAUCCCACCAUACUUUUUAACUCAUACCUCGCUAGAGUUCACUUCCGGAUGGUCCAGAGCAGCCAUCCACGGUAGCCUGUGGCUUGAAUGGCACCAGGAUCAAUACUGGCGGUUUGAUGGUGUCGUGGCCGCCAGGAUAGUUGCGACCGCUUCGUUCGAGAAGACGGAGCACUGUGGUGGUAGACUGCUGCUUGCUAAUAUACGACCUCCUGAAACUCCGAUACCGACGCCCGAACUGGACCGGGAACCAUCAGAGUACCGAUGUGUGUAUUCUGCGUAG